UUUUGAGAACUCCGACCGGCUAUGACUUUAGACUGGGGAAGGGGCCAUUUUAAACAGUCGAGAAAGACACACGAAGAUAAACAAAAUUUGUGGAGAGAUGCAUUCUUUUGGAUACAGGGCGAAUGCCCUCUUAACAUUUGCAGUGACAAUUCUGGCAAUGAUGUGCGUCAUGGCCUCCCUUUCCGACAAUCUUAACACGCCCAACACACAUGUGCAGAUCGAUGUUUUGAAUGUCAAUUGGUUUCAAAGACACCCAAAUUGGAAUGACGAGGUUAGUUUGACACUGAACAUCUCAGCAGAUUUGCAGUCAUUGUUUACGUGGAACACAAAGCAGGUCUUUGUCUUCGUGGCAGCUGAAUACGAGACACAAAAGAAUUCAUUGAAUCAGGUUUCUCUAUGGGAUGGUAUCAUACCUUCAAAGGAGAAUGCUAAGUUCUGGAUUCAUACAACAAAUAAAUAUGCUUUUGUGGAUCAGGGGAGCAAUCUACGUGGCAAAGAGCUCAAUUUGACAAUGCACUGGCAUGUUAUGCCAAAGACAGGUUAUAUGUUUGCUGACAAAAAAGUGAUAUCAGGUUUCCGUCUGCCAGAGGAAUACAGAUAGCAUUGAUGUAUCAAACUGAUUCCAGCGGUUAAGAUACUAACAUCAAAAUUGCAUGGACACGGAUGCAGAUGCAAAUACGGAUACGGUAUGGGAUACGAAUAUGGCCAUAUUUUACAACCCCCAAUAUGGAUAUGGCUGGAUACAACAUUCAUAAAGAACACAUAUACAUAUUUAACACAAUUUUCUAAGUUAUUAGAGGAGAUUUUCAUUAUUUUAAAAGCAAUAUAGACACAUAAUUGCUACAUAACUAAUUAGAAGUUGAUUUAACAGUUAAAAAUAUGCAAAAGUAGUAGAGUUGCAUUGGAAGAUAACCCCCAAAAAGGGUUGCUGAAUAUUUCAUUGUCUUUCUCAUUUGAUGUAGGUUUUGUUUAUACCAGUUUUUUUUUCUUUUAAAUUAUC